CCGGGGAAGUUGGCGACGUAUGUGAAUGCGGAGAAGUUAGCGGCGGCGCGCGAGCGGUUGGCGGCGCGGGAGAGGGCGCGAAUCGAGGCGGGGGGGGAGGACGGAGACGAAGCCGCGGCGACGGCGCAAGAGGAGGAACACAAACGCAAGGAACGCGCCACGGUGAUGAAGAUGCUCACCGCGGAACCGGCGAUCGCUUUUAGAAGAAUUAAGGACAAGAAAACUGGGAAACCUCGCAUCGCGGUGACGCGGGAAAAUAUCGUUGAAGAGAUUCGACGUCAGAAAUCCCUCAAUCUUACCCCUGGCGCGCUCAUGCUCGAGCGCCCGAUCGUAGAUUUCGGCGAGUACGACAUUCCGCUCUUCAUUCGCGGCGAACCCGUGGGCGAGCGAACGGUGCCCGUCGUCGUGCGCGAGCGCCUGUAGCAGUACGCCUUUGGAACAAAAUCGUAAACUACAAACACGGACCACACCAUCCUCGCGCGCACGAUGCCACGCCCCGCCCGUCGCGCUCCGUCUUUUCGACGCGCGCGCCUCGCGUGUCACACGACGCAACCAUGGGUCGCAGAAAAGUCAAACGCAAGUCCCAAUCCGUGGCGAAGACCAACGCGUACUUCUCGCGCUUCCAAGUCAAGUUCGCGCGUCGCCGCGCUGGCAAGACGGAUUACUACGCUCGUCAGCGCUUGAUCACGCAGGACAAGAACAAGUACAACUCGCCGAAGUACCGAUUCGUCGUGCGCUUUACGAACCGCGAUGUGAUUUGCCAAGUUGUCUACGCCACGCUCGCGGGUGACGUGUGCAUCGCGUCCGCGUACUCGCACGAGUUGCCGAAGUACGGGAUGAAGGCGGGUUUGACGAACUACGCCGCGACGUACGCGACCGGGUUGCUGUGCGCGCGACGACUGUUGACGAAGUACGGCUUGGCGGAUGCGUACGAGGGUAAGACGGAGGACCUCGGGGAGGAUUACCACGUUGAACAAGGUGAUGAGGAAGCGCGCCCGUUCAAGUGCUUCUUGGACACCGGUUUGGUGCGAACGUCGACCGGCGCGCGAGUGUUCGCUGCGCUCAAGGGUGCGGUGGACGGCGGGUUGGACAUUCCGCACAACGAAAAGCGAUUCGCUGGGUACGAUCUCCAAGACAAGUCCCACGAUCCGGACACUCUCGAGCGAUACAUCAAGGGUGGUGUUGUCGCCGAGUACGCGGAAGAGCUGCAAGAGGAGGAACCGGAAAAGUUCGAACAGCAGUUUGCCAAGUACUUGGCCGCGGACUUCGACCCGACUGAGCUCGAAGACGCCAUGGAGGACGUCCUCGAUGCCAUUCGCGAAGACCCCGUCCACGAGAAGAAGGAACGCGUGAAGCCGGCGGACGCUGGGCGUCUGUUCAAGCUUCCGAAGCUCACGUACGAAGAGAAGAAGGCCAACCUCAAGGCCAAGCUCGAAGCUCUUCGUGCGGCCGCGUAA